GCAGACAAAGCGCAGAAACCCAAAGGCUUCACUUCCAGAGCCGACACACAUAAAGCACCGUUCUAGAAGGAUCCAGACGGCCUGCCCCAGAAGAAGACCGUCCGACGUCUCCUGUGAAGUCCUCCGCUAAGGAUUUAAUUGGGAAGCGCCAAACCGAACCAUGGAUUACCAGUCGAGCAUCAUCAGGGACUCUAACCCGAUGGAGAAUCUGGAGAAGCAGUUGAUCUGCCCCAUAUGCCUGGAGAUGUUCGCCAAGCCCGUGGUGAUCUUGCCCUGCCAGCAUAACCUCUGCAGGAAAUGUGCCAAUGACAUCUUCCAGGCCGCUAACCCAUACUGGCAAACGACCCGAGGAACCACCAUAUCAGGGGGCCGGUUCCGCUGUCCCUCCUGCCGCCAUGAAGUCAUCCUCGACCGUCACGGAGUCUACGGCCUCCAGAGGAAUCUACUGGUGGAGAACAUCAUUGAUAUCUACAAGCAGGAAUAUUCCAGCCGGCCCCUGAAGAAGGGAAACCAUCCAAUGUGCAAAGAGCACGAAGACGAGAAGAUCAAUAUCUACUGCAUUACCUGUGAGGUGCCCACCUGCUCCAUGUGCAAAGUGUUUGGCGCUCACAAAGAUUGCGAAGUGGCACCACUGCAAAGCGUCUUUCAGGGACAAAAGACGGAGCUGACCAACUGCAUCUCUAUGCUGGUGGCAGGGAAUGACAGAGUCCAGACCAUCAUCAACCAGCUGGAGGAGUCGUGCAAGACCACCGAGGAAAAUAGCCAAGUGGUCAAGCAGGCCUUGUGCGAGAAGUUCGAAGCCCUCAUUGCCGUCUUGGAGGAGAAGAGGAGCAACCUGCUAGAGCGCAUCUCCAAGGCGCAAGAAGAGAAGGUGGGGUUCAUGCAGAGCCUGGUCCUCCAGUACAAGGAUCAGCUGGAGCAGUCGAGCAAGUUGGUGGAGUCCGCCAUCCAGUCCAUGGAGGAGGAGGCAGGAGCUGCCUUCCUCAUGACUGCCAAGCAGCUCAUUAAAACAAUUGUGGAGGCAUCAAAGGGAGCUCAAUUGGGGAAGAUUGAGCAAGGUUUUGAAAAUAUGGAUUAUUUCACCGUAGACCUGGAAAAUGUCACGGAAGUCCUGAGAGGCAUUGACUUUGAAGCAGAUGAAGAUGAUGAAGAGCUGAACGAGGAAGAAGAAACAGAAGAGGAGGACCCUCAAGUCCGAAAUGUGGAUGGUCCUCAGUAACAAAGCAGGAAAAAAGAACAAAUUCCAAGGGGAAAGAAGAAACUCUACCUGUACAGAUACUGGGAGGAUUUGGGGAGGAGGAGAAAGGAGAGGAGGAGGGGUGGGGUGGGGGAAAAUCCAAACUGAAUGCCGGAAAAGCAACGGGAGGAGGAAUGGGGCGAAGUCCAGCCACGGAAGAGCCAUUUGGAAUGUGGAGUUCUUGGCAAUUCAGAAAGAAAAACUUGCACAAAGACACUUUUAUACACGGGUGCAAAACGGAACCUUUCGUACAUUUUAUAUGCUGUGUGUUUUUGUACAUAAUUGUCAUGGCACUUGAUUUUUCUUUUUUGUAAAGAACAAAUAAGCUUUUUUCCAUCUUUUUUUUUCCUGCUUCAGAGCAGCCUUUCACAGACUGAAGGACAUUGAUUGAUUCUGGCAUUUAGUUAAACCACUUCUUUGCACUGUGUAGCCACUAGAGAAGACAGGAAAGUUUAGCAUUAGACCUUAGCAAACAAAAAAGAAGAAAUAGCUUUGAUUAACUUUUGGAUCUAGGAGGAAGGAUCGGAGAAAGUAUAUCUUCUGCCUCAAUGCCUGUAGCUGAACUUUAAAGACGUCUGUUGACUUUCCUCCCACUUCUUUGUUGUAUAUAGUUACACAAUAAAAUGAAUUCCAGUUUUA